GGUUCGUCCACAGUUGGCGAAGGAAAAGAUUGAGGGGUGUCACAUCUGCACACUUGUGACGCCCGGGGAGCCACAGGUCAUUCUGGGAAAGGACAAGGCCUUCACGUUUGACUAUGUUUUUGACAUGGACUCGCAGCAGGACAGCCUCUACGGCAACUGCACAGAGAAACUCAUCGAGGGCUGUUUUGAAGGAUAUAAUGCCACUAUCUUUGCCUACGGACAGACCGGUUCGGGUAAGACGUACACCAUGGGCACCGGGUUUGACGUGAACAUCACAGAUGAGGAACUGGGGAUUAUUCCACGGGCCGUCAGUCACCUCUUCAGGGGCAUCGAGGAGCGCAGGCAGGCUGCCACUGAGCAGGGACGACCCGUUCCUGAGUUCAAGAUCAACGCACAGUUCCUGGAGCUCUACAAUGAGGAGGUGCUGGACCUGUUCGACUCCACCCGAGAAGUCAAGAAAUCCAACAUCAAGAUCCACGAAGAUGCCAAUGGAGGAAUUUACACCGUGGGAGUCACCACUCGAACCGUCAGCUCUGAAGCAGAG